AUGUCAAAAACCGAAUAUCUGACGGAUUUCUCUUUUCCCCACCAUGGUCUAGGAGUGGGGUUUGCAACACGGCAGGUGGGGAAUGUGACUAAACCCACUGUGAUUAUCAGCAGCGAGGGAGACAAAGUAGUGAUCAGGACGCAGAGCACUUUCAAAAACACAGAAAUCAGCUUUAAACUUGGAGAGGAAUUUGAUGAAACUACCCCCGAUGAUAGAAACUGCAAAUCUGUUGUGACCUUGGAUGGAGACAAGCUAGUGCAUGUACAGAAGUGGGACGGCAAAGAGACAAACUUUGUGAGAGAAAUAAAAGACGGCAAAAUGGUAAUGACUCUCACCUUUGGUGAUGUGGUUGCUGUUCGUCACUAUGAGAAAGCGUAGAGUUUACCUGAGAUGUUGCUUCUCCUGGAUGGAUUAAUGUACCGUCCAUAAUCGAACGUAGAUAAAAUGCACAUCACUGGCAUGAAAAGUCAAUUAAAGA